AUGGUCUCCACAGAGAAUCCCAAAGAAAAGGAAACUACCCCAAAAGAGCCGUCGAAGGAGAAGAGCAAGCAGCGCACCAUCAAGAAGGAGCUGGCCUUGUCAGCCGAUCGACAUCGAGCGGACUUCUCGGAAAACGGCGGCCGACAGGAGAUGAUGUUGGUGAAUACGGGGGAGAAGAAAGUGGCUGUCAAGAUCCGCAGCUCGAACAACAAGAUGUACCGCGUCGAUCCCGUCUACAUGUUCGUCGACCAAGGGCAGGCCCAGCUACUCGUCAUCAACCGGAUGCCCGGCGGCCCAGCAAAGGACGACAAACUGGUGGUCGAAUACGUGCACGUCGACGCGCAGACAACGGCAAAGGAGUGUUUCCCGAAAGGCUUCAAGGUUGAGGGCCAGUUCAAGAUUGUGCUCCAUACCUAUAGCCGUGACGAAGAGGCGGCCAUGAGGGUAACGACUCCUGGAGCCACCGGCAAGGACCAGAGCGGAAAAGAAGAAAGCGGCAAAACCCCCGGGACGAAGCUUGUCAUGUCGCGGGAGAUCUGC